AUGCUAGCAUUUUGCCGGUUGUCUGCAUGCAUAGUCUCCGUGAGAGCUCAACAUAAUAUAUAUGAUCAAGCGUGGUACAAUGGCUUGUCUGCCACUGCACAGAGUCAGUAUGAUCACUUGGCAGAGGACAUCACACAAAAAAAAACAGAGGAUCACUAUUCAGGUUUCGGGCCCAUCUUCGUACGGGCUGCCUUUCACGCAUCCGGCACAUAUCACAAGCGAACGAACACAAGUGAAUUGAAUGGAGGCAACUUCCGACACCGAACAGAGAUGGAACACAGUUCCAACAACUGUUUGGAUACGGCAACUGCCGAGCUCGAGAAACUAGCCUUGAAGAACCAAGUUUCAUUUGCCGACACUGUCGCCAUCGCUGCGAGUCUCGGCCUGCAGGAGAUGUGA